AUGAUACCACUCGUUGAACGAAAAACCUUUGAAAUAUUUCAUGUAGUACCUGUGAUCUCUAGCGCGACCAAGGUAUUAACGUCAAUAAAGCCAUCAGCAGAAUAUCUGGCUAUCAAUUCUCACAAGGAUGAAUACUUCCCCAUAACAAAAUUAGCACUGCAAUCGUGUAUUACAACUGAAGAGGACUCAUACCUUUGCUCAAAUGUUCAAUCUAUUUAUCGUCGUGGAGCAAAUGUGUGCAAGUGUGAAAUCAAUUUGUACAAUAAUGGAACAGGUGACGAAUGCGAAAUAGUUGAAUUAAAGGAAACUACCAUUUGGACUCAGCUGAAACACAAAAAUCACUGGAUAUACGCUACCAAAUAUCCGAUGCAACUCAAUGCAGUAUGCGGUUCGAAUGCAUUUCCAGUGAUACUAAAUAGUACCGGCAUGGUAAAAAUUGCAUCAAAUUGUGUCAUCAGAGACAACACGGUUCUUAUUCAAGGACACCAAGUCAUAACAAGUCUGCUCAAAUCAGCAUAUACGAGCAUAGGAAUUUCAACACCUGAAAUUAAGCCAUCUAAGCGGAUAAACAAUUCUGAAAUUGAAUAUCUUCCACAAUUAGAAGAACUAACAAUUCUGCAAAAACAACUAACGAAGGAUACAUUACCUGUACUAUCAUCAAAGGUACAGCAAACUGAAAAGCAUAGCUUGUCAGUGGGGUACGCAGCCUUGUUUUUGAUUAUUGGAGUCAUCAUCUUAAAAAUAACUAAACUAAUACGAAACAAUCAGACGCAAGGUCAACCGAAUGUUCAGACACCUCAGCCGCUUCCAAGAUCAAGGUCAACAUUUGAUAUCACAACAACAUAA